AUGGACGAGACGAACGCAUCGAAAUCCCAGUUUCUGGCCAUUGUAAGCCAUGAGAUCCGCACGCCCCUGAACGGCAUCGUCGGCAUGGGCAAACUGCUGGCCGACACGCCGCUGACCGCCGAGCAGCGCAAUUAUGUCGAGGCGAUCACAUCGUCCUCCGAAGCGCUGAUGCUGCUGGUCAACGACCUUCUGGAAUUCGGCCGCAGUGGCGCCGACACCAGCACGCCGGUCUUCUCGGCCACGGACAUGCGCGCGCUGACCAGCGGCGUGAUCGAACUGCUGGCCGGCCGCGCGCACGAAAAGGGGCUCGAUCUCGGCUAUUCGAUCGCGCCGGGUGUGCCGGUAUCGAUGCGCGCCGACGCCAAGGGCCUGCGGCAGAUCCUGUUCAACAUCGUCGCCAAUGCGAUCAAGUUCACCGCCGAAGGCGGCAUUGCCGUCGAGAUCGGCCACGCGCCUUCCUCCGAUGGCGGACGGGCGCACGAUCUGACCAUCACCGUCCGCGACAGCGGGCCCGGCAUACCGAUCGAAAAGCAGGCGCAAAUCUUCGAACCGUUCGAGCAGGCAGAUAUGAGCCUUGCGCGUCGGCACGAUGGCGCGGGGCUUGGCCUUGCCAUCGCCAAACGGCUGGUCGACCGGCUCGGCGGCACGAUCGCGUUUGAAAGUUCGCCCGACAUGGGAACGGAAUUCACCGUGCGCGUUCCGGCGGGUAUCGAGCCGCAAAAAGGGGCGGAGCCGAGCGACGAGGCGCUAUCGGGUCAGCACUUCUGCCUGAUGAUGCGCGCCGGAUGCGAGGCGGACAUGCUGGCCGAUGCGAUCGCGGGGCAUGGCGGGUCGGUCGAGCACACGACCGCGCCGGAGCUGGCGCUCGACCGGUUGCACGACAUGCCGGGCGCGACGGUGCUGAUCGACAGCCGGCUGAUGCGCGAUCCGGAUCGGGCGCUCGGCCUCGCAGACCGGAUCGCCGCGCGCGGCGGCCGUCCGGUGGUUCUGAUCGAGCCCGAGGAGCGCGGCACGCUGGGCGCGCAGUUCAAGGCCGACGGCCAUGCAUUCCUGACACGCCCGGUGCGUGGCUCCAGCCUGUUGCGCGUUCUGGAACGUACUCUGGACGGCAAACCCGCCGACGAUCUGUCCAAUCCGUUGUCCCUUGUGACGCCGGCCGCGCAGCGCCGGCGCCGCUUGCUGCUCGCCGAAGACAAUCCGGUCAACGCGCUUCUGGCAUGCAGCGUUCUUGAAAAGGCGGGGCACGCUGUCACGCUUGCGGACAACGGCAAGGCCGCGCUCGACCGGAUGACCGCGCCGGACGCCGCCUUCGAUCUGGUGCUGAUGGACGUUCACAUGCCUGUGCUCGACGGCGCCGAGGCGAUCCGCCUCUUCCGUACGCACGAGGACGCCCAUGGCGGCGACACGCGCCUGCCGAUCGUCGCGCUGACCGCCGACGACGAUCCGGAAUUGGAGCGCCUUCUGCUUGCCGUCGGUGCGCAGAAGAUCGUGCGCAAGCCGCUGACCGCACAGAACUUGCACGUCCUGUUCGAAACGCUGGACAGCGCAAUCGGCAAACUGCGUGCACGGCUUGCGACGACCGGUGACGAAAUCCGGGCCGCACAAAGGCUGCGCCAUGCCGUUUUCUCGGCCGAGUUCGCGGCGCCGGGCGAUGAAGACGGGAUCGAUGCCGACGGCUAUGACGCGCUGUGCGACCAUCUGAUCGUCCUGGACACUGCGAUCGCGGGAACCGACACGGACCGGAUUAUCGGCACCUACAGGCUCCUGCCGCAGCAAAACCUCGCCGGCAGGCCGUUUUAUUCGGACAGCGCAUUCGACAUCGGCGCCCUGCUCGAACGGCAUGACGGCCGCCGCUUUCUCGAACUGGGCCGCUCCUGUGUCCUGCCGGACUAUCGCUCCAAGCGUACGAUCGAACUUCUGUGGCAGGGCAUCUGGGCCUAUUGCCGGCGCAACGCCAUCGAUGUGAUGUUCGGCUGCGCGUCCUUUGCCGGCCGCGUCCCCGCGCGGCAUGCGAUGGCGCUGGCAUUCCUGCAUCAUCAUGCGCGCGCCACCGGCGACUGGUCGGUGACGGCGCGGGCCGAGACACGUGUCGACAUGGAUUUCAUGCCGGCCGAGGCGAUCGACCUGAAGGCGGCGAUGCGCGCCCUGGCGCGGUGA